AUUUCAAAACAAAACCAAAGCAAAGCAGAUAAAUAUCGCAGCCUUUCUUUCUUCUUCUUUGUUUCAGUGUUUCACUUUUCUACUUUCAGCGCCCCCUCUCUUCCUUGCUUUUUUUGCCCUCAUACUCCAUAUCUCUCUCAUCCUCUUCGUCUUUCCCGUUUUCUCUGCUCACAAGAUCCCUUCUUUAACCAAAAAGUCCAUCUCUUUGUAUAACUUUCAAGUUCCACUUUUUCCCUGGAACGCUCUUCUAUUUUCUUUUUUCUCCUUCCCUUGUCAACUUAUUAUCUUGGGCUUUGCUUCUUCUUCAAGAUCUUAUCCCACUCUGCUUACAAAUCAAGCUCAAAUUUUGCUUCCUGCAAUUUUUAUGCUUAAAUUCCCCCUUCCACACUGACUUCUGCUACGUACAAUGCCUCUCUAGCUUAAAACUUCUCACAAGUAAAACAGGGGCAAAACUAGAGGAAGUUGGCGAUGGAUUCAAGUACCCCUCCAAGUUGUCAAAACCAAAACAGCCAACCCAAUUCGGAGUUGUUGCGUUUCCUUUCUGCUCCCAGUUCUCUUCUCGCUCCUUUCAGCGAAAGCCUUGAUACCGGCCUUAGCAAAGGCGGUCCCCACUCCGACAGAUUGAUAUACAGAUUCAUGAAUCCAAGCCAGGAUAAAUCUGGGACAGAGGCGACUGUUGACCACGCGAAUUCCCGGCAGACGUUUCCCGGAUUACCCCCUCAUUAUCCCAGACAAACCUCCUCUGCUAUGGACACCUCAUAUUUCUUAUUGGGAAUGGAUCCACGUUGUGGGAAACCGGGUACGUCCAGCCUAUUGAGGCAAAGCAGCUCGCCCCCAGGGCUAUUUACCAACUUAUCUGUCCAAACCGGCUUGGGAAGCUAUACAAAUGGAGAGCUAAGUCCAUCAAGUUCAAACAGAUUGAAGAAUCAGAUUAGCUUCUCAUCAAGACUACCUUCAUCCUUGGGCAUCUUGUCACAGAUUUCCGAAAUUGGCGAUGAUGCUAAACUCGGAACUGGAUACCAAUACGGUUCUUGGAACGAUUCUGCAAACUUCCCAGAGAACUUUUCUGGCUCGAAAACGACACAAGAUAACGACCCCAACUUCUUUUCCGCCAACCAGAACAGUGAUAGUGGAAGUCGUCUUCAUGUAUUGUCUCACCAUUUGAGUCUGCCGAAGACGUCGAAUGAAACGCCUGCCAUGGAGAAGUUUCUAAGCUUUCAAGAUUCAGUCCCUUGUAAGAUUAGAGCUAAGCGUGGGUGCGCUACACAUCCUCGAAGCAUUGCCGAAAGGGUGAGAAGAACCCGAAUUAGUGAACGAAUGCGAAAGCUACAAGAGCUUGUCCCAAACAUGGACAAGCAAACAAACACAGCAGACAUGUUAGAUUUGGCUGUGGACUACAUCAACGAUCUUCAAAAACAGUUCAAGACGCUAAGCGACCGUCGUGCAAACUGCAAGUGCUUAAAUAUCUGAAGCCGAUCCCUAAUCAAGUUUUAUGAUUUUACUUUGUUUUUCAGAUUUCUCUCUUUUGUUUAAAAUUUUCCCUUUUUGUGAUGUAAAAAGUUGGUUGCGUUUUCAUCACAGAAUUCUUAAUCGUGUAAGCUAAGAAAGCUUCCCACUUCAUAGCAAUAUUGGAAUAAAGCGAAAAUUGUAUA